CGCCCUCCUCGGCGCGCCCCUCCCUCCGCCCGCCCGCCGGCCCGCCCGUCAGUCAGGCAGGCAGGCACUCGGUUCGAGCGGCCGUGGGCUCUUUGCUUCUCCUGCACCGCGCCCUCCUUCCUCUUUUCCGGUCAGCGCCGGCGGCUGAACCGGCGGCGUCGCGGUCUCUUCGGGAGGCGCGGCAGGAGUUGCGCGGCAGCCGCGGAGCGUCAACCCAGCGCGGCGGAGGCGGCGGCGGCCCGGCAGCCAACAUGGCGGCGGGGGCGGCGGCGGGCGCGGGCCCGGAGAUGGUUCGCGGGCAGGUGUUCGACGUGGGGCCGCGGUACACCAACCUCUCCUACAUCGGCGAGGGCGCCUAUGGCAUGGUGUGUUCUGCUUAUGAUAAUGUCAACAAAGUUCGUGUAGCUAUCAAGAAAAUCAGUCCUUUUGAGCACCAGACCUACUGCCAGAGAACCCUGAGAGAGAUAAAAAUCUUACUGCGCUUCAGACAUGAGAACAUCAUUGGAAUCAAUGAUAUUAUUCGAGCACCAACCAUCGAGCAAAUGAAAGAUGUAUACAUAGUACAGGACCUCAUGGAAACAGAUCUUUACAAGCUCUUGAAGACACAACACCUCAGCAAUGACCAUAUCUGCUAUUUUCUUUACCAGAUCCUCAGAGGGUUAAAAUAUAUCCAUUCAGCUAAUGUUUUGCAUCGUGACCUCAAGCCUUCCAACCUGCUGCUCAACACCACCUGUGAUCUCAAGAUCUGUGACUUUGGCCUGGCCCGUGUUGCAGAUCCAGACCAUGAUCACACAGGGUUCCUGACAGAGUAUGUAGCCACGCGUUGGUACAGGGCUCCGGAAAUUAUGUUGAAUUCCAAGGGCUAUACCAAGUCCAUCGAUAUUUGGUCUGUAGGCUGCAUUCUGGCAGAAAUGCUCUCCAACAGGCCCAUCUUUCCAGGGAAGCAUUACCUCGACCAGUUGAACCACAUCCUGGGUAUUCUUGGAUCCCCAUCACAGGAAGACCUGAAUUGUAUAAUAAAUUUAAAAGCUAGAAACUAUUUGCUUUCUCUUCCACACAAAAAUAAGGUGCCAUGGAACAGGCUGUUCCCAAAUGCUGACUCCAAAGCUCUGGACUUACUGGACAAAAUGCUGACAUUUAACCCUCACAAGAGGAUCGAAGUAGAACAGGCUCUGGCCCACCCUUAUCUGGAGCAGUAUUACGAUCCAAGUGAUGAGCCCAUUGCUGAAGCACCAUUCAAGUUUGACAUGGAAUUGGAUGACUUGCCUAAGGAAAAGCUCAAAGAGCUCAUUUUUGAAGAAACCGCUAGAUUCCAGCCAGGAUACAGAUCUUAAAUUUGUCAGGACAAGGGCUCAGAGGACUGGACGUGCUCAGAUGUCGGUGUUCUUCUCCCCAGUUCUUGACCCCCGUUCUGUCUCCAGCCCAUCUCGGCUUAUCCACUUUGACUCCUUUGAGCCGUUUGGAUGGGCGGUUUCUGGUAGUUGUGGCUUUUAUGCUUUCAAAGAAUUCCUUCAGCCCAGAGAGUCCCUCCUGGCAGCCCUGUGUGUGUCACCGUGGGUGACCUGCAGCAGUCGGUACCUUCGGUGCACCUGUUGCUACCGUUGCUUUAGUCACUAAUCACUUUCUGAUUUGAAAGAUGCAGUGGUUCCUCCCUCUCCUGAAUCCUCUCCUACACCACACCCCACUGACCUGUGCGGCACACCAGAGAGGGAUUCUUCCCAGACUGGCUGGAGUCGCUGGCAUCUCACUUUAUGAUAGGGAAAGCUUCUACUAGGGCACUUUACGUCAGUGGCAGCCCCUUAUUUGCACUUCACCUUUGACCACAACUGUUUCCCCAGAGCAGGAGCUUGUGGAAGUAGCUCCUUGGAGGACGCUGCAGCCCACAGCAAGUGCUUCUGUCUCGGGAACCCUUUGGGGGCACUUGUCAGCGUCUUUCCUCAUAACAUGUCAUCACUAACAUAGUAAGGUAUGUGCUGUUUGUUGAACUUUCAGAAACAAAAAGGAAGUCCUGCACUCAGUGAUGUCAUUCUGUACGUCUGCUGUGUUACAGCAGUGCGACACUUGGCACAGGGGGGUGAUGCACAGUGCUUGGUGUCCACGAGACAAACACAAAUAUUUAAAGUGGCAGCUUUGCUCCAUUUGGUGAAAGAUAUAUGGAGGUCACAGCCCCCAACUGUGGGAAGUUUCUGGGGACGUCCCAGGGUAGAGCUCCACAUCCCUGGUGCGUAUAACCCCCAAGACAGUUCACAUGUGUACGUUUCAGUAACCUCAUCCAAUGCCUAAGGAUUUAGCAGAGAGGAACACUGCGUCUUUAAAUGAGAAAGCGUACAAUUCUUUUUCCUUCUACAGCAUGUCAGCACCUCAAGUUCAUUUUUCAACUUAUGAUAUAACAGUUUGUAAUAAAGCCUUUGCAAGCUCACAACAUGAAGCACUACUCUGUCCAGUACUCACAAGUGUUUCUGGUGCUGCUGCUCAUACCAUCAGGACCAGUGAGCACUCAGCCAUGUUGGAGCUCUGUCCAUAUUUUCUGAUCUCUUUAAGUACCUGUUCUGCCACUGUGUGCUGUGGAGUUGACUCGGUGUUCUGUCCCAGUGCGGUGCCUCCUCUUGACUCCCCCACUGCUCUCUGUGGUGAGAAGUUUGCCUUGUUCAAUAACUACUGUACCCUCGCAUGACUGUUACAGCUUCCUGUGCAGAAAUGACUGUCCAAGUGCCACAUGCCUAUGAUUGACAUGAAAAAUCUAUUGUUACCUCUGAGUUGUAUUCCACGGAAAAUACUAUCCAGCAGAUAAUUUAGGAAAAAUUAAUUCUAUUUUUAGCUUUUCAUUUCUCAGCUGUCCUUUUUUUCUUGUUUGAUUUUUGACAGCAAUGGAGAAUGGGGUAUAUAUAAAGACUGCCUGCUAAUAUGAACAGAAAUGCAUUUGUAACUCAUGAAAAUAAAUGUACAUCUUCUAUCUUCACUUUCA